AUGGCGCACAGGAGGCUCCUCGGCCGGCGGGGUGCCGCCGAGGAGGAGGAGGCGAUGGCGGACGCGGAGGGGACGCCGCGCAGCGGGCGGCGACAUCAGUCGCCCGCGCCCAGCCCGUCGUCGGCCAGCUCGUCGUCGUCGGGGCGCCUGUGGCCGGUGCGGGCCAUCAGGGAGUCCUACGGGGAGCUCGUGAGCAUGGUCAUCCGCCCGCCGCGCGCCGAGUACGGCCUGCAGCACCUCGGGCCGCGGUCGUUCGAGACGCGGCGGCGCCGGUGCAUCCGCGAGGACGUGCGGGUGGAGAACGACAGAGGCCUCAUGCUGGAGUGCAGCUGGUGGCAGCCGUCGGACGACUCCUCGUCCAGCGGGCAGCAGCGGCCUUGCGUCGUGUACAUGCACGGCAACUCGUCCUGCCGCGUGGAGGCGAUGGAGCACCUGCCGAUGCUCAUGGAGAUGGGCGCGACGCUCUUCGCCUUCGACUUUGCGGGCUGCGGCCUGUCGGAGGGCGACCUGAUCACCCUGGGCUGGAACGAGAAGGACGACGUGCGCUGCGUCGUCGACUUCCUUCGGGGGACCGGGCGGGUCUCCACCGUGGCCCUGUGGGGGCGCUCCAUGGGGGCGGCCACGGCCCUGCUCUACGGGCACUUCGACCCGUCGAUCGCCGCGAUGAUUCUGGACAGCCCCUUCGCGGACCUCCACCAGCUGGCCCGCGAGAUCGCGAUGAGGAUGCCGGUCAGGCGGAAGCCGAGAGUGCUGGUGAGCGCGGCCCUGAGGGUGCUCAGGGGCUCCAUCCGGAAGAGGUCAGGCCUCGACAUGUUCCGGCUGAAGCCCAUCGAGCACGCCGACUCGACCUUCAUCCCGGCGCUCUUCGUGGCGGGCACGGGCGACAGCUUCAUCACCCCGAGCCACGCGAAGGACAUCCACGGCCGCUACGCCGGGGACAAGAAUCUCGUGCUAGUCGAGGGGGACCACAACUCGAAGCGGCCCAGCUACCUCCAGGACAGCAUCGCCAUUUUCCUUGGGGAUCGGCUGCUCAGCCCGGCCGCGGGGCCCAACCAGGGGCCGCCGCUGGGCGGCCUGCCGCCCUCGGAGGCCCGCGGGGCCGCCGCCGCCUCCGAGGAGUCGCCGCGGGACUGCUCGGCGCUGCUGCAGUCGCUGCUCCGCGAGUACUGA